GCUAUGGCAGCGGGUCCUCGCCGCCGUGGGAGCAGGUGCUGGGGUCUCCCCCGCCUCGCUGUCAGAGCUUAGAAAGAGGAGGAGAGGAGAACUCCCCCGGCCGUCUCUGUGACCCCAGCCGCUGCAUCUUACACAGUGUUAUUCUUUAACAAACGGAAAAUGGAUGAAAAUAAAGAUAUGGACUCAAAAGAAAGUGGAGAAUAUGAAGACGACUUUGAAAAGGACUUAGAAUGGCUAAUUAAUGCAAAAGAAAAAAGUGGUGCCAGUAUAAUAGAGAUGGCUUGUGAGAAUGAAGAGAAUAUUAACCAAGAAUUAAAAGACAAUGAAACAGAGAUAGAAGACACCGAACAACAUUCUGAUCCUGACAAAUCUUUGAAGGAUGAGCUUUCACCAAGAAGAAAUGACUUCAUUUCUGUACCAAGUAUUCAACCUUUGGAUCCCAUAUCAGAUUCAGAUAGUGAAAACUCUUUCCAGGAAUCCAAAGUGGAAAACCAGAGAGACCUGGAAGAGGAAGAGGAUGAGGAAGUAAGGAGAUAUAUUAUGGAGAAAAUUAUUCAAGCCAAUAAGAUUCUACAAAAUCAAGAACCUGUGAAUGAUAAAAGGGAGCGAAAACUUAAGUUUAAAGACAAACUAGUUGAUCUGGAAGUUCCUCCACUGGAAGACACUGAUACUCACAAAAAUUUUCUUGAAAAUGAAAGUAGUAUGUCAGGAAAACUGUCACAGUUAUGUAUUUCCAAUGAAUUUGGACAAGAAAAUGUACUUCUGUCACUGACUGAUGGAAAUUGUGAAGAAAACAGGGAUAGGAAAAUACUAGUAGAAAGAGAUGGAAAGUUUGAACUUGUGAAUUUACAAGACAUUGAGAGUCAGGGGUUUUUGCCUCCCAUUAAUGCUAAUAGCACAGAAAAUGAACCUCACCAGUUGUCACCCAGAUCUUCUAACUCAAAUGUUAAUAGUGUCAAGAAAGAAGAGCCUGUAGCAAAGAUUCAUGCUAUUGCUCACUCAUCAAUAGAAGAACCACUGGCUUUUAUCCCUCAGCCACCACCCAACCCCAAGACUCGUCCAAGCUCUGCUGCCAACUCAGAUCGAAGUAAGGGGAAUGGGAAAUCUAAUCACAGGAUACAGUCUGCAAAUAUAUCUCCAGUGACCUCAACAUACUGUCUUUCCCCUCGACAGAAAGAACUGCAAAAACGGCUAGAACAAAAAAGAGAAAAGCUAAAGAGAGAGGAAGAACAACGAAAAAUAGAAGAAGAGAAAGAAAAGAAAAAAGAGAAUGACAUGGUAUUUAAAGCAUGGUUGCAAAAGAAAAGAGAGCAGGUCCUAGAAAUGAGGAGAAUUCAGCGAGCAAAGCAAAUUGAAGAUAUGAAUAGUAGACAGGAAAACAGAGAUCCACAACAAGCUUUUCGAUUAUGGCUUAAAAAAAAGCAUGAAGAGCAGUUGAAAGAAAGAAAGACAGAAGAACUACGAAAGCAAGAGGAAUGCUUAUUCUUCCUUAAAGGAACAGAGGGCCGUGAGCGGGCCUUCAAACAAUGGCUACGAAGGAAACGGAUCGAAAAACUAGCAGAACAACAAGCUGUCAGAGAAAGAACUAGACAGCUCAGACUAGAAGCAAAGCAUUCUAAACAACUGCAGAGCCACCUACACAUGUCAGAAGCCAAAUCUUUUCGUUUUACUGAUCAUUACAACUGAAAGUAUCUAUUCAAUACUUCAGUUGGAAGCUGCUAUUCUCAAAAUUUUGGAUAUUAUUUCUUAUGGUCUAUGUACUUUGGUCAUACUCUAAAUUAUGGAAAUGCUAUUAUCUUUUGGUGAUACUGGCAGUGAAUUUGUCUUUUUUUUUAACACUAAA